AUGCCAGCAGCAGGACACACGUGCCCUCUGUCACCUGCUGUGGGCACUGUGCCUGGGUCCCUGCGGGGUUUUCAGCCCCGUGGUCUCUCCGUAGCCGGGACCGUGCUCCCCGCUGGCUCCACACUCGUCAACAGCUGCAGCAGCGGGGCCCAGCAGCUCUGUGACUUCAGCUGCCACUGCAGCGACUGCUCCGACGAGAACCAGUGCGGGUACCUGAGGGCCUCCUCAGUGCUGGGCACCCCCUUCAGCUGUGAUUUCGAGGAAGGUGACUGUGGCUGGCAGGACGUGAGCACCUCGGCUUUCAGAUGGGUGCGGGGCUGGGCCAGCCUGGCCUCCUGGGGCACAGGCCCCCACUCAGACCACACCAUGGGCACUGACCUGGGGUGGUUCAUGCUGACCGUGUCCCCCCCGGCGAAGACCACGGCCACAGCCUGGCUCAGGUCACCGGUGAUGCGGGAAGCAGCCGCCACGUGCCAGAUCAGGGCCUGGUACCACCUCUCAGGAAGCGGUGAGAGUGCCCAUGGGCUCAACCAGACAGAGCAGCCGGUGCUGCGCCUGGCCAUGGCACACGGGGACGAGGUGGUGGGGCUGUGGCAGAGCCCUGAGCACGGAGCUGAGGGCUGGCACCAGCUGGUGGCAUACCCAGGCCGGGUUGCAGGGCAGUUCCAGCUCCUCUUCUCCCUGACACAACCACCUGCCUGCGGGGCACAGCUGGCACUGGACGACAUCAUCUUCAGCAACUGUGGCUUUCAGGAGGCUGGGCAGCAGGAGUGUGGGGCAGAGGAGAGGCGCUGCAGCCGGGGCUCCUGCCUGGCACAGCACCGCUUCUGCGACGGCACCGACGACUGCGGCGACGGCUCGGACGAGAAUGCAACGCUGUGCCAGUCCUUCAACCACUGCUCCUUUGAGCAAAAUCUCUGCAGCUGGCAGGUGGAGGAGGGGCAGCCCAAGUGGGACAGGAACACGAGCCUGGACCUGGGGACAGCAUCCAGCAUCCCCAGCCGGGACCACAGCAGCAACAGCAGGACAGGUUUCUUCCUCCACGUGGGCAGCAGCUCAGCCGAGGGGGCUGGCAGCACAGCCAGGCUCAGCAGUGCCACCUUCCAGGCCACCAACUCCUGCUCUCUCGUGCUGUAUUGUCACCUCCAUGGCUCAGCCACCAGCAACCUCAGCAUCUCCUACGUGAUCAAUGCCACCAGCCACCUGGUGAGGGAGAGGACAGGGGACCUGGGCAGCUGCUGGGUCCGGGAGAGAGUGAACUUCAACGUGUCAGAGAGCUUCAAGGUGCUGAUUGAGGGGGUGGCCGGCAGCGGGGGCACCGUGGCCAUCGAUGACCUGAUCCUGUCUCCGGGCUGUGUGCAGGACAAGGGUCCCGCUGUGACGGCGCUGCCGAGCCGGGCACGGGCCAGCCCCUGCGUGCCCGGGGCCGUGCCGUGCCACAGCGGCGGCUGCAUCGCCGCCGAGCUCGCCUGCGACUUCAACGAGACGUGCGGCGACGGCUCUGACGAGCAGCUCUGCGGAACAACCAGCUUCGAGGAGGGCAGCGGGGGCUGGCACGACGUCAGCGUGGGGCGGCUGCGCUGGGGCGUGCAGAGGGGCACCCAGCCCACCCACACCCUGCUCACAGGGGCUUUCCUGGCACUCCAGGCAGGAGAAGGCCAAAUGGUGGCUGCUGCAAAGGCACGGACAGCGCUUCUGGGCCCCUCAGGCCCUGCCUGUGCCAUGGAGAUGAGCUACAGCAUCCACAGCAGCCCCCAAGGCUUCCUCGCCGUCAGCGUGGUGGAUCACAGCGCUGGCACCAGCCAGCUGGCCUGGCACACGCAGGGGGACGGUGGCACAGCCGGGGGCCGUGUCCGCGUCCCGCUGGGAGAGAGGACCCGACCCUUCCAGGUCGAGCUGCUGGGGCUGGUGGAUCUGCAGGACUCGGCCAGUGCCGCCGUCGACAACGUGACGUUUGUGCAGUGUCGGCUGGACGUGGUGCCAACGGGGGCUGCGGAGCUGUCCUGCAACUUCGAGAGGGACCUGUGUGGCUGGUACCAGGAUCAGUCCAGUGACUUCAAAUGGGUCCGUGGCACAGGACAGGGACAGGGGUCUGACCACACCACAGGCUCAGGCUACUUCCUGGCUGUGGACCCCUCUGCGCCGUGGAGCCGUGGGCAGCGGGCACAGCUCAUCACCUACAGCCAGGAGCCCUCCUCUGCCCCUCGCUGCCUCUCCUUCUGGUACCGCCUGGCCGGGCCACAGAUCGGCACCCUGAACCUCAAGCUGAAGCUGGAGGGCGAGCAGGAGACGCUGCUGUGGACGCGGCGUGGGACACGGGGCAGCGUGUGGCACCGGGGCUGGGCCACGCUCCCCGCCACGGGCCAGCGGCGGUUCCGGGUGUCCUUCGAGGCGCUGCGGGACGGCUUCCGGGGGGACAUGGCGCUGGACGACGUGGCCCUGAGGGCCGGGCCCUGCGGGGCAGAGCUCUCCUGCUCCUUCGAGGCGGGCACCUGCGGGCUGGCACCCAGCGAGCCCCAGAGCUGGCAGCGGCAGAGCAACGGCACCGGCACCGCGGCCGGGCCCGCGGCCGACCACAGCACCGGCACUGCCGCAGGGCAUUACAUGGUGGUGAGCACGAGCAGGGGCUCUCUGCCCACGGGGCAUGUGGUUGCCCUCACCUCCCAGCCCUACCAGCCCACAGUGCCCACACAGUGCCUGUCUUUCUGGUACCAGCUGAGCUCCGGGACCCCAGGCUCCCUGGGGGUGUUUGUGGAGCAGAGCGGGGUGCGGAGGAAGGUGAUGGGCAUCAGUGCAGUGGAGGGGGACGUGUGGCACCGUGGGCACGUCACCGUGCAGCCGGAUGGGGACUGGCAGGCUGUAUUUGAGGCGGUGGGAGCAGGGGGUGACCAAGGGUACAUCGCCCUGGACGACCUGGAUGUGUCAGAUGGGGUCUGUCCUGAGCCUGCAUCCUGUGACUUCGAGCGGGACAUGUGUGGCUGGAGCAGCCCCACGGCCCCCCAACAGCACAGCUUUGCCUGGGGCUGGAAGAGUGGAGAGCCCCUUGCCAAGUACCCUGGCCCUGAGCAGGAUCACACCCUGGGCACGAGGAAUGGUCACUAUGUGCACUUUGACACCAGCGUGCUGGGCCUGGGGGGCACCUCUGCCUGGCUGGAGAGCCAACCCCUGCCCGCUGUGCCCGCCGCCUGCCUGACCUUCUGGUACCACCUGGACAUCCCUGAGCACCUCUCCUGCGGGGAGCUGCGGGUGCUGCUGCAGGGCACAGCGGGGCAGCGCACGGUGUGGAGCGUGGCUGGGCACCGCAGCCGGGGCUGGCAGGAGGCCGCGGUGCCAGUGCACAGCCCCAGCGAGUUCCAGAUUGUCUUUGAGGUGACGACGCGGCGGUGGCCGAUGGAGGGGACGGUGGCACUGGAUGACAUCGCGUUCCGUGCCAGCGGCAGCUGCCAGUCCGACCCACAGGCACCGGGGCAAGGAAAAUCCUCGGGCAGCUUUGUGGCAGAGGUGGUGCUCGGCCUGCUCCUGGGCAUCCUGGUGCUGGCGCUGGCGGCUGCCGGGGGGUGGCUGUGCCUGAAGCGGCGAGGGCUGCCCAGGGGGGUGCCAACGGGCAGCAGCGCUCCCCAGGGCUUUGACAACAUCACCUUCCGAGAUGACAAGGUCAUUAUACCUUCGGUGGCAAAAGAGGGGGAUGAGGACUGAAAGCAGAGGCCAGCGCCAGGAAAGUGCCUACUGAUGCCAGGCAGGCCGUGAGCAGGGCACGGCAUCCUCCAGCACCACCCCACUCACACUCCAGCG